UGCACGGCUUUCGAAAGGAUGGUGAUUGUGGAGCGUGGUCAGAGUAGACUUAGGCGUAUAUAAGGACCGCCGACCCAGCCCAAGUCAGUCAUUCACCGGACUACCAACCCACCAUACACACAUCAAACAUGAAGACCUUUAUUGUGUUCGCCUGCUUGGCCGUGGCAGCAGCCCGUGCCGGAAUCGCUCACGGAGGCUACGGUGGUUACGGCCACGGAGGCUACGGAGGCGGUUAUGGAUUCGCCGGACACGGAGGAGCCGGACUUAGCGGUGGUCUUGCCGCUGGUGCCGGAACUGCUCACUCUCUCCAGGGUGGAGCUUCCAGCUUGGGAUCUGGCGGUCUUGGUGCCAGCUAUGCCGCUGGUGCUGCCGCUGCUGCUGGAGCUGCUGGAGUUCAACAAAUUGUUUCUGGAGGAGUUGCCGGUGGCAGGUCAGACAUUGGACCCGCUGAAGGACCCAAGGCUAACGUAGGACCACAAAGUGGACCAUCUGACCUCGUUGGACCCCAAGAAGGAGCCAAAUCCGUAGGAGGACCCCGUACCGGACCAUCCAGUCUUGUUGGACCUGCUGCUGGCCCAUCCACCCUUGUAGGACCAUCCCAAGGAACUGCCACCCUUGUUGGACCAUCCCAAGCUACCGCUAGCCUUGUCGGACCAAGCUACGGAGGUGUUGCCUUCUACGCUGGAUCCGGUGGAAUCAACGGUGACGAUGGAAGCUCUGGCUCUGCUGCUGCUGCCGCUCCCGGUGGUGCUUUCGGAGCUGGUCUUGGAGGUGCCGGUCUUGGUGGACUCCGAGGUGGUGCUGGUGCCAUUGCCGUCAUCGGAGGUGGUCCAGGAAUCGCUGGAGGUAUUGGCGGACAUGAUGCCGGUGUUGCCGUAAUCAACGGACCAUCUGGCGCCAUCCACGCCGGUCUUGGCUCUCACGGAGCUAUCAUCCCCGCCGGUCACGGAGGACACUGGUAAGACGUUAAGGACCCCAGCGAUCUCGGCUCGGCGACGGCGGCAAACUCACCACAACCAUACCGAUCAACUAAUCCUCUGCGCGUACAUCUUCCCAAAGCUUCAUACAAUCUUGGAGCACGGCAACCAAGGAAUAGUCAUACGAACAUUCAGUCAAUAGUGAGAUAAGUCAGCCAAAUCAAUCUACAACAGCACCGCUACAAUCCAAGCCGAUUCAUGUCAUUCAUCAAAAACAUCGUCAACAUUUAUUACUUCAAUCAAAACAACUAGCAGCAUGAGGACAUCUGGAUCGGUAUCGGCUGAGUGGAUAAGCUUUGGCGCAUCACCACCAACUGAGAUCCGUUCUGUUUUGUUGAACAUCCACGUUGGGACUAGCCCUUGACUUACAUCCAUCAACAUCUAAAGGCCGAUGCACUCACUUACAUAGACUAUCCUUUGAAGAGACCGCUGCCUAAAAAACAGUUGUCUUAUAGUUGUAAUACUCACUGCCGCACCUAAGCAUACAUAUUUUUUAUUACAUAUUCGUCAUGUCUUCUUAUUUUUUAUAUAUAUAUAUAAUGUAUCUAUAUAUAUAUAUAAUUCUACCCACUAUUUCUCUUCUACUUUUUAUAUACAUACAUACAUAUAUAUAGAUAUAUACACACAAGCGCGCAUCAUGUUUAACUACGUAUACCAUAUAUGCAGAUGUAUGUCUGUGUAAUGUAGCAAAGGAGACCGGUGAUUGUGGUAGGUCAGCCGUUCCUGUGAGUGAAUCAAUGUAUAUAGAUGGCACGCCGUUGCCGGCCCUCGACCCCGCCCGCCCUCGUCAUACCCGUUCUUUACGAUCACGACUAGCACCCCACCACCACCAUAGAUAGAUACCACGUAUUUAUAGCGUUUAUACAUUUAUACAAUACUUUAUAUAAAAUAAAGCAUCAGUAUUUAAAACUCA